UGACCAAGCCGAUCUCCCAGUCAGAGCCGAAAUCAUCCCAUGGCCUCAAAAAAGCGGCGCACAGGUAUAUAAAAUAACCGGUUCUCUCUGCAUAUAUAAUCACAAAUUCUUCCCCAAGCACGUGAUACGAAGGCCAACUUGACGAAGACAUGAGUUUCAGCAGAAUUUCCCGCGGAAAUCUAACGGCUCGAUCACUCGUUCGAUUUUUCUCAGUGAGCAAUGGUUACCGAAGCACUGGCAAAGUUCUUACGGGAGGUUCUAUGAACCCUUAUGUCAAGCAGAUAGAAUAUGCUGUAAGAGGAGCUAUCGUCAUCCGAGCCUCCGAGCUAGAGAAGGAACUCCAACAGGGCCAUGAAAAGCCGUUUAAAGAGGUCGUUAAAGCCAAUAUUGGGGAUGCUCACGCCCUUGGUAUGAAACCACUGAAGUUCCCAAGACAGGUGCUAGCAUUAUGUGUGAACCCGGCUUUGUUGGACGACCCAAGCUUUCCAUCAGACGCCAAGGACCGGGCAAGAAGGAUUCUGAACAGCACUCGCGGAUUCAGCAUGGGUGCCUACAGUGAUUCGGUUGGACUCGAGGCCAUUCGUGAAGAUGUCACUAAAUACAUUGAGGAAAGGGAUGGCCACCCUGCAAAUAUAGAGGACAUUUACCUGACAAAUGGAGCUAGUGAAGGCAUUAGGUCAAUAUUGAAGCUUCUGCAAACCCAUGUUAGUGAAGGGAACGAGCGUGCCGGAGUCAUGAUCCCUAUUCCACAGUACCCACUCUACUCUGCUACGCUACUAGAACUUAACUCUCACCAGAUCAACUACUAUCUUGACGAGGCUAAUGGCUGGUCCUUGGAUAUUGAUGAGAUGCGUAGAGCUAUUAACGAAGCUCGGAAGCACUGUGUACCAAGGGCCUUGUGUGUCAUCAAUCCUGGAAACCCAACAGGCCAAGUUUUGAGCUAUGAAAACAUCCAACAAGUUAUCAGAUUUUGCAAAGAGGAGAAGCUUUUCAUUAUGGCAGACGAGGUCUACCAAGCCAAUGUGUAUGCUGAAGACGCCAAGUUUCACUCUUUCAAGAAGGUCCUGCGUGACAUGGGGCCAGAGUACGAGGACAUGGAGCUGGCCUCCUUCCACUCAACAUCAAAGGGGUUUUUGGGAGAAUGUGGAUUUAGGGGAGGGUAUAUGGAGAUUGUUGGCCUUGAUCCAGAGGUCAAGUUCCACCUCAACAAAAUGUUGUCUGCGAAACUCUGCUCAUGUAUUACAGGGCAGGCAAUGAUGGACUGCCUUGUUAACCCCCCUCGACCUGGGGAUGAAUCCUAUGAUGAGUUUACUAAGGAGAAGGAGGCAGUGCUUGCAUCAUUCAAGGAGAGAGCUCAGCUCAUCACUAAAACAUUCAACUCUGUAGAGGGCAUUCAAUGCAAUGAGUCCAUGGGAGCAAUGUACUCAUUCCCAAGGCUUGAGCUACCCCAUAAAGCUGUCGUUGCUGCCAAGUCACGUGGUUUGCAUCCUGAUAGUUUCUAUGCUAUGGAACUCUUGGAACAAACUGGGCUCUGUGUUGUCCCUGGCAACGGGUUUGGACAAAAAGAUGGCACAUAUCACUUCCGCCUUACCAUUCUCCCCCCAAUCGAAAAGCUGAAGCCAUUGUUUGAAUCCUUCAAGGACUUCCACUCCAAAUUCCUGGCAAAGUACAAAGACUAGAUGAUUUUAAUGAACUGUUAGAUGAUCUGGAAACUAAAAAAAAGAUGGAACGCCCUUAGAGAUUAAACUCUCCUUUGUUAACCCGAGUAUGACUGAACUGUCAACAAACAAAAAGGAAGCAAAUGUCCAACGACCUAAUUCUUAUCCUUUACCUUUCUGUGAGCCUUAUACGUGAAAUUGAACGUAUGUUGCGAAUUCAAGAUGACCGAUCUUCUCUUCGACAAAAUGGACUAGACACAAGACUUCUCAACGGAAUGUAGAGUGUAGUAUACAUAGGUAUAAUCAGAAUGGUUUCUUCGAGGUUUGUUGAUAUUAUUAUUGUGUUUGUUUUGUAAGUAGGGAAGAGUGGGUAUGAGUGUAAUUAUCAUAAAGAUCAGCCUUAAAAAGGAGAGUAUAAUAAAGGUUUUGAAUGUUUUUA